ACAAAUGGGUUGUCGCUGUAACCCUGUCGCGUCGCACCUGGUUAGGACCAGGUUUUAGAAUUAGAGGUUAGAAAAGACCAUUAGCUCAAUCUUAAAACAAUAGAAGUCAAUGGAAAGUCCUCACCGUCUGUGUCUUUGUCAAAUAGAAACAAAGAGAGCAAGACGGAGAGGGGGACUCAUAUUUCAUACUCAAUUUCAAAUCCACGCCUUCUGCCUCCUCUAUAUACCAAUUACUCGGCUUAGCCGAAUGCAUAGCAUUUAUAUGUGAGUUUAUGCACCUUGCAGGCAAAGUUUCAAGGGAACUGCCACCCACCAGAUCUCUCCGAGGAGUAGCGGCAGGAGUACAAGAGAAGAAAGGACGUUCACGUUUGCCUCAUCUCUACACUACUUUCGUAAAGGUGGAAGAAGCUGAUGGACGCGAUAUUUAAUGCAGACAACUGUUCGGUAACCUGCACGGGCAGUUAGAAUGGUCCGGCUUUGUCGAGGAGACGGAGGAACAUUGCAUGUGUUGCAGUGUGAAAGAAGAACAGAUUUCUAUUGCGCUUAUAGUUCAACGCAUCUGUAGAAUCGCUCAGAUCGGCCAAGUCAUGUCUUUUGAAUUCCGAAUACUGAUGUUUGGAAUCGGGACAGCCCUGGUUAUAUUUGUGAUUAUAGCUGAUAUAUCGGAAGUGGAGGAAGAAAUCGCGAACAUUGAAGAUUCACAGAAGUUUCACUUAAAAAGCUUUGUCCUUCAAUCCAGCAGGAAUUCAGUCUUGAAUGCUGCUCCUACUUCUCUAGUCACCUAUAGAAAGAGCAAAGUUGUUUCUUCUUCACUGCCAGGCAUAAAGCGAAAAACCAGCAAUUCAUCCUCACCUGAAUGGACUUUCAACAGAACUUUGUCUAACCUCAUCAGGAAAAACAUUUUGAGGUUUCUGGAUGCUGAGAGGGACAUUUCAAUUCUUAAGAGCACCUUUAAACCUGGUGAUGUGAUACAUUAUAUAUUUGACCGCCAGAGCACCACGAACAUCUCUGAGAACCUGUACCACCUUUUGCCGACGGUGUCUCCCAUGAAGAACCAGCAUUACAAACGAUGUGCCAUCGUAGGGAACUCUGGGAUACUACUGAACAGCAGCUGCGGCAGAGAGAUUGAUUCACAUGACUUUGUCAUUAGGUGUAACCUGGCUCCAGUGGAGGAGUAUGCGACUGAUGUGGGUCUGCGCACCAAUCUGGUGACUAUGAACCCUUCUGUGGUGCAGCGUGCUUUUCAGGACCUGAACAGUGAAGAGUGGGUGCAGCGCUUCGUCCACAGGCUGCAGAGCCUCAGCGGGAGUGUGCUGUGGAUCCCUGCCUUCAUGGCUAAAGGAGGAGAGGAGCGAGUGGAGUGGGCCAUCCGCCUAAUUCUUCUGCAUACCGUGAACGUCCGCACCGCCUUCCCCUCCCUGCGUCUGCUCCAUGCUGUCAGAGGGUACUGGCUGACCAAUCACGUCCAGAUCAAACGACCCACCACCGGACUCCUGAUGUACACCAUGGCUACACGCUUUUGUGACGAGAUCCACUUGUACGGCUUCUGGCCUUUCGCUCACGAUCCCGACGGCAAACCGGUCAAGUACCACUACUACGACACACUAACUUACCACUACACAUCUAGUGCCAGUCCGCACACAAUGCCUUUGGAAUUCAGAACUUUAAGUGCUCUUCACAGACAGGGGGCGCUGCGGUUACACACAGGACCAUGUAGACUUCCAACAUGAGCUUUUGCGGCCUCCAAAUGACUUCAUACACUGGACUUUAUACAUGCAGAGAGAAAAGAGACGCUGUGAAAAAUCUGGAUUGCCUGAAUACUUCAGGUAAAUCUCUGACCAAAUGUGAGAACGCAAUAUAUGAACGGGGGGAUUUUUAUUUUUUAUUUUUUGAGACUGUCAACCUUAAGAAGGUUUUUAAUCUCUAAGGCUGUUUUAUAAAAAAGCAUUGCUUUGUUUUUUGUUGUUUUUUUUAGCUCAUGUGUCUUAUUUGUUCAGAUUUAGUUGAAUGCCAAAUUUGGCCACAAGGUGGAAGCGUAUCUGAGAGGAUAAAAUGAGAGGUUCUUUUUUGGGACAAUUUGUGUAUAGUCAAUUUUGAAUGUCAUUUAUUUGUUGCCUUUGCAGUCGGUGUCUGUUGAGCCCACAGACAGCAUGACUGAAUGUAGGACUAUUGUGUCAGUUUUUACAUUUAAAAUGGUAAAGUUUAGACUUAGAAUUAAGAUUUGACAGGGGUUUUACCACUACGUUGCUUGUUUUAGUUGUUGGACAAUAAUUUAGUGCCUCAAGUAGGAGAUGAUGUUAUGCUGCAUCAUGUGACACUUGAUAAAGUUGCCUUAGAAAGACAUAGUGAGUAGUUUGUGACUAUUAGCAGGUGUGAGAACUUUUGCAUCGAUGUGCAGUAAUACUAGUGGAACAUGUGCACUGCAAGCGUCUAAGCGCUCUGGUGUAUUUGAACAUGUUUGCACAGCGAGGCAGCUAUCGGAGCGUGUGCAACCCCACGCUGAGAUACUGUAGCCAAAUUCAGUACACACCCAGCUGUUCACACACUCUUGUGUACUCAAGGACGGUCGACCGUGAAGGGACGUUUAGCGUGUAAACUUUGGAACUUGUUAAAGCCACAUAGUAGCUGUGUUUCUGUAUCUAAGGAGGGUUUUUGGGGGGAAGUUUUGGAUUUCUUUUGUAUGUGACGCAUAUAACAUGUUUAAGUGAAUGUAUUUGUGAUAACUUAUAAGUAAAGAAUGUACUGCUGUACUCAUCUGCUCAGUGUGAUAAAAUGGUCCAA